AUGUCUAACAGUCAACAUCCCAAGAAACAUCACGGCAAUACAAGCUCUACUGGAGGUCACUCAGGCCCUAGGUCGCGCCAAGACAGUACUACAAGCAAGUCGAUUAGUGAUUUGCCGGGGAAAGCAAACGAGGAGGAAGUUAAAGAACUCACCAAGCUAGCAAAGGAAUUUUCUGGUAUAUGCACGGAAUCGGAUAAUAUAGAUGCCAGGAUUCAGAGACUUGAAGAGGAGGGAGAUAGAAAUAUAGCAGAAUACCAAAAACUUUGUGACAGUAUUGAGCCGCUUAUUGGUCCAAUUAACAACCUAACACUGGAGAAGAUUGAGAAGUUGGCAACAGAUGCUACAGUUGAGAAGGCACGGAAAGUAAGGAAAGUUGAAGCAGGGUUUGCAAAUUUGAAUUCAAGGAAUCGGGAAUUAGAUUGUGAAAUGAACAAAUUGAAGAAGUGCUGGAUAGAAAUUCAGGAGAGAAUAAACAAAUUUGAACAACAACUGAACAAAUUGAGACAGAAUAUGUAUAGAGAUAGUACUCAAUAA